AUUAUAACCUAAAAAUGCACAUUAAAGCGGUGAUUGAUUAAAGUUUAAACAAUACUGAAUUACACUAGAGCUUAAGAACCAUGAAUCUUAUUAUAACAACUAGUGUAUAUCGUAGUCAAGCCAAAGUGGCUGCCAGGAUUUUCAGUAGUUCUUCAGUGGCGUCUACUAAAAAUUGGCGUGUCUCUAAAGGGCUGUCAGUCAACAAGAACGCUGAAGGAAUCCUCACAGACGGACCUGAUUACACAUUUCUAGAUGGCAGGCCUACUCCGCUACUGCAUAAACAAAAACUUCGUAUGCUCAAACAACAAGGACAUGCGUCUCGUAUCGUUGAACUAAUUUCCGAAUUGGAUUUCGCCAAAGACAGAUAUCAGAAGAUACAGCGAGAAAAUGAAGCAGAGAAACAUCGCAUCAUUAGUAGUCGCUUGAAGCCAAAAGGCAACGCACUAUUGAAGAAUAAAUGAUUCUUCUAAAUUGUUAAUUAUAUUUUAGUUCUACUGUUAGUUUGUAAAUAAAAUGUUAUUGCAAUGUACUACUAUUAUUUUCAAGCAAGUGUAUUAUAUAGCGUAAUUUCGGGGAUAUUGCAAUUACAUGUAACUAGCAUUGGAUUAUGAGUCUCCGUUUUGGUAAUUUUGUGGCUACCAAUGAGGUUUAUUGUUGUGCCAACCAUAUUAGCGUGAUUUACGGGAAUCUAUUGUUAUCAAUCCGUAGACAACAUAAAUCAUGCUUACUGUACAAAAAUGAUAACUUUAGAUCAUA